UGCUAGCUCACCAUUCUCAGAAACCAAUCCAAGUUUGAAUCCCGCGUCCCGACCAGGUCCCGCUGCUGCUCUUGCCUUCCUCUGCCUUGAUUCAUUGAUUCAUUCAUUGGGUUGCUUUCAUACCCGUAUGACGACGCUCGGCUUGUCUGCGCUGCCUCGACCCGGCGCGUUGCGCUUUGCCGCCCAAGCACCGCCGCUCGACAAGGACGCGCUCGUCCAUCGCAUUCUCAGCGAGCAUCCACUCAACCACGCCGUUGAACUGGUGCUGCCAUGGGCUCGCGAUCGAGCUAUUUCAGCGAAUGCCAAGCAAACCAACGCAGCAGAUUCAGUGACGCGAAUGUCGGUCGCACAGCCGCUCAAGAGUGCGGAAUUUCAUGUCAUUGAAAUCCCGCUGCUGGCAUUGUUGGACACUGAGUUUCUGCAGCGGCACGUUCGCAAUGGCCAUUUCGUUGCAAUGUCCGUGAGUGAGCGCCUGGACGGAUCUACCUGCGUUCCGGCCGUUGCAGAUGGAUUUCUGACAUUGUCGCUCAGCAAAGAGGCUUACGAGUUGUGUGGUCUCGAAGGCCAGCUGUCCAAGCACGAGAUACAGCAGCGACAUACCGUCCGGAUACAUCUCGCCGCCGAGAGCUUUGUUCCUGGCAAGAGCCACUACGAGCGAGUAAAAUGGUGCUUUGCAGAGCGCUUAACAAGGUCGUUCAAGUUUGUGUGCACGGAUGCUGCGACUUAUACAAAUGGCGAUCAACCUGCGCCAUCUCCAGCACACGCUCUCAACAAACACGCGCUGGCUCCCGCACGAACCCUCCACCUUUCUCAUACCGAACAGCGUGCCGUCACCGUACCACAAUUACUUGUCGCUCCGAUCGAGUCAGUGGCGGCACAGGACAAUGCCACUCUUGGACCCUAUCUAUCCACCUGGCAGACUUGGUUUGGCGCGAUUUCGUGUGGAAUCAGCCUAGCACCACGGGCCGCCGACGACUUUGCGAGUACCUUCCAAUUUGAAGGCGUCGAGGUCGAAAUUUCCGACACUGGAGACGCCGUUCCGCUGGCUGUUUCCAUCAGCAAGUUUACCGGCAUUGUGUCGAGUGAGCAAAUUAAGCGAGUAGUUGCUCGAGCAAGAGCCUAUCUGGCCACCUGCCCGGAACUCCCAUGGGCUGCGCUCAAUAUCUGGGGUUUUAUCGAUGCUCCCGUUGCGUAUGGCGAUCGCGAGCACUGUCUCGAACAGGCCAACGGGGAAAACGAUGUGACGUUAAUUCUGUUUCGUGACGGCGGCAGCUGUGUACUGAGCACUGCCAGUUCGCGAAACGAGCUGACGUGAACCUUGUCGAGCAUUGUACAUUCUGUAAUCGUAAUAUUCUACAGCAGCAACUAUCGCAACAACAACAACAACAACAACAACAACAACAACAA